CAAGAYGUGAUGUUAACCUAAGUAAGUCGACCUUACUACCUUCGUCGUUCAUUUGAUAGAAAUGUUAAGCCAGUUUGGGCAAAAGAAGAAGAAAGAAGCUCUUCGACGUCUAUCCCAAAAUGCAGCACACAGACAAUCAUUAGAAGGCAAAACCAGCAAAAGGACAGCAACAUUUCGUCAAAAGCUAUCUCCAGAAUCUUUGAGUGCUGCAAAGGGACCUAGUGGUUUAAUARUGAAAAGUGUUGAGCAUGGUGAAGUUGACUCAAAAACACAAGCAUUUGAAAUGGCUAAUGCAAUGCCAUCUGUCUUUGGUAAUGUGUCUACAUCUUCUUUUGACUCAUCAGGCUCUUAUACCAUAAAUCAAACAUUUUCAUCUGUUCCUCCCAAUACUCAAGCAAUAUCUGGAUUUCCAGUUGUGACAAGCACUGUUGUGCCUACUUUUCCAAGUACUAGCCAUACAGGUUUUGGUUUCCCAGUGUCUUCCACAUUUACAACAUUAUCUGCAAUGACAACUGAUUCAUCUGUUGGGUUCCCUGUGUCAACAGCAAAGUUUGUAGGGUUUUCAUCAUUUAGGAGUAAUGAUAACAGUUCAAAACCUAAAGACUUUGAAGAAAACAAGACUAAGACAUCUACUGGUUUCCCAGYUAAACCUGUUGAUACUUUUCCAGUCAAGUCAGAUGAUAACACAUUUGUAUCAGGCAGUGAACAGAGAAGAGAUCCUCUUCAUCAAACACAACCAUUCACUUCUUUGUCCAAUGUGAAAUCAUUUGGCACAAAACAAACAGUACAGGAAGAAAAGAUUACUUUACCUGACAUAUCAAAACUUAAGUCACUAGUUAUCAGGGAAAUACCUCCUGGUUGUAACAAAAAUACCUGGUUACGUAGAUUUUACUCUAGGUUUGGUGAAAUCGUUAAAGUAUUGUGCAAUUCUGCAAAGAAUAGUGCAACAGUCACUUUUAGAACACAUGAAGCAGCGAAGUUARCCAAAGUGAAAGGAAGGAUCUUGCAAAAAGGUUGUCAACCUGUCAGUAUUUUUUGGAAACAGGAGAAAAAGAGAAGUGUCUCUAAAGAUAAACAAGAAUUAUCUGAAAAGGCAGAGUCAGUCAAACAGAAUAUCGGAGAGAAACCAGUAUUAAAGGACGCAGUUUUAUCUUUUGAUGUCCAAUCUUUACCCGUAGCAAUAUCAUCAGGAGAUAAAUAUAAAGUCUUGGAAAUGAUUGACUUAAAAUUCAGAGAAGGGCURACUAAAGCCUCAGAUAUAACAACAGCAAAAGCUGUCAAAGGAACCUGUCCUGAUAUGUGUCCUGAAAAGGAACGUUAUAUGAGAGAAGACAGGAGAAGGCUUCACACUUUUGAAAUUGUUCCAGGCACUGGGAGUAUGGAGGAAAAUCCAUUAAUAGAACAUGCAAGGGCUGUAAAAGAAUAUGACAGAUCUGCUGCAGAUAAGGUUAUUACAUUCAAUAAUAUCAAGUACAAGUUUUAUGACCUUAGGGUGCUUUCCAUUUAG